GUUACUUCAACCGAGCUCCCAUCGGACCCAUCCAUUUCCCUCUCCCGUCUUCGAUCACUACGCUCUACAUCCGGACAUCCCUUACUCUGUUCCAUCUCGAUCCAAGCACAUCCAGAGCCAACAUGAACAGCUCGGCCGAGACAAACGCCGGAGGCGACAACGGCAACACAGCCGCCGCGGUGGUGGUGGUGGAGCGCGUGGUGACGGUGGAGUACCUGGAGCAGUCCAUGUCAAGGAGCCUGCUGGGCAAGUUCCCCGACUCCUCUGCCUUCGACUUCGACUACUCCCAGAGCGGCAUCUGGUCGCCGAUCAACAAGAUCCCGAGCGCGGAGCCGGCCUCCGGCGGCAAAGCCGGAGCUGGCUCCAGGGACUUCCUCAUCGCCAAGUCGAAGCGCAGGGCGAGGGCCGGGAGCAGGAUCAAGGACGGCGCCGGCGGUGGCGGUAAGUCGAGGUGGCGUCGCCGGCGGCUGCGGCGGGACGGCUCCUUCCUCGACAUCCAUGAGACGGGCAGGGCGAAGCUGGACUUCUCGCCGCCUAUGGCAUCGCCUUCCCCUGCAAAGGAGGGGUGGAGGAGGGUGCUCAAGGCGGCGAUCAGGAAGUUCAAGGCGCGGCACCGCCGGUCCCGGCCGGCUCCUCUGCUCCAGAUGAUGCUGCCAAUGCUGUGAUCCACCGAUCGAUCGAUCGAUCGCGCCCAUGACUUUCUUGUUUUUUGUUUGUUUGGUAACUUAGUUCGAUGGUACUUAUUGUGCAAUAAGCAGUUCGAGAGAUGUCAGAUGUUGUACCUUUGCUCUUGCUGGAGAGGGGAAUUUGAUGGUGUAUUUUUCCCACUCAGUUUGUAUAUCCAUAUAUAGAAUUCAUACUACCAUUGUUUCUGUCA